GAAAUCCCGUGACUGGUUUGUUUUCAAGAUGGCCGUCGAAGGCGAGAGCCUCGAGUCGCUUCUAAACAAAGCGACCAAUCCAGCCAGCAGAGAUGAAGACUGGGACCACAUCAUGGCUUUUUGUGAUCAGGUUAACAAGGAACUGGAAGGGCCACAAAUCUCUCUUCCCUUACUGGCUCACAAAAUACAAUCUCCACAGGAGCAAGAAGCCCUGUUGGCAUUGACGACUAUUGAAGCCUGUGUUAAGAAUUGUGGCAAAAUGUUUCAUCAAGAAUUGGGAAAGUUUCGGUUUUUAAACGAAAUGAUCAAAGUUGUUUCACCAAAGUAUUUAGGUAAUCGGGCCUCGGCCAAAGUGAAGAAGAGGUGUAUAGAACUGAUCUACAGCUGGAGUAAAGGUUUGCCUCACGAAACAAAGAUUUCAGAAGCUUACCAAAUGUUGAAACAGCAAGGUAUUGUUAAGGAAGAUCCGACAUAUCUGGAUAAGGCAGUGGAAGUUGCGCCUCCACCAAAAGCCAGAACAGCAUCAUUUGAAGAUGAAGAGAAAUCUAAGUUAUUAUCCAAAUUAUUGAAGAGUAAAAAUCCUAAUGACCUCCAGGCUGCAAAUAGACUGAUAAAAAACAUGGUUAAACAAGAUGAAUCGAGGAUGGAGAAAGUUUCAAGACGUAUUAAUGAACUAAAAACUAUAAACAUCAAUGUGAAGUUAUUAAAUGAAAUGGUGUCUCAUUUCAAACCUGAUGCAUCAUCACAGUCAGACCGAGAUAUGAUGAAGGAGCUGUAUGACUCUUUGGAAAAACUUCGACCCAACCUUUUUAGACUAGCUAGUGAUGCUGAUGAGAAAGACAAUGAUGGAAUCUCGGAGAUAUUGAGUUGUAAUGAUGACGUGAUGAAGGCUAUGGAUCAGUACAAGAAGACGGUGGAGGGUGUGUCUGAAGACAACAGUGAAACAGCAAAGGCCAAUACAUCAGCCCUGCUUGACCUCGCAUUAGACCAGUCCAGUCCACCAUCACAGCCGGUGACCAGCCAGUCUGAAGGCAAUGCAGAUAUUUCUCUCAUACUGGACGGCCAGUUACAGACUCUAGGUUUACAAGAUUCGAAGACUUCUGACAGGUCCGAUUCAUUACUGGCAGAUCUUAAUGACAUUUUUGGAGCAACAUCUCAAACGUCUAGUGUGACAUCUGGUAUGGCUUUACCCUCAAGUAACACAAAUCAGCCGGUGAAUCCCGGCCUCCAGAUGGGAGGGACGGGAAUGAUACAGACAUCCGUAAUGGCACAGCUUCCAACACAGCCUCAGGGUCCCGCAGUACUUCAGGCCAAUCAGGCGACAACCAACAUGUUUUCUACUCCUUCCUUGUUAUCUCAGCACCCGGCACAGAUGACAAGUCCGCUCACCAUGGGGGCCGGUCAGGGUUGCCUAACAGCUGGCAAUGUGAAUGCCUCGGCCCAGACCACCAAUACUCCCACCUCCAAAGGUUUGGCAGACCUGGACCUACUUGGACAAGAUCUGAUGCAACAGAGUUUGCCAAAAGACGUAAAAGUUAUACAAGAAGUUGUACCUCAACCAAAGUUGACGUUAAACCAAAUAGCAUCCAAAGGAACUACUGCGACCAACAAUUCCCAAGUUAGCUACAGUCAACUUGGGUUAACAAGUCAACCAGCCUCGGUCAACACCACGGCGACCAUUCCAACCUUCCCCCCAGUCCCACAGAUAUCCCCAGCCAAAAUUACAUCCCAGGAAAUACUCUCACUUGCCGAUAUAUUUGUGCCCUUGGAGAAGAUUCAGCCAAGUACAAUGCCCCCAGUAAAUGCAUACGAUCGGAAUGGUCUGAAGAUGGUAAUUCAUUGUGCUAAAGACCGGCCACGAGAAGAUGUUUCUGUGAUGGUGGUUUCAGUUAUUAGCACGAAUACAAACCCGGUGAAAAACUUCAGCUUCCAAGCAGCUGUACCAAAGGUGAUGAAAGUAAAACUACAGCCACCGUCGGCCACAGACCUACCCGCCUACAACCCUAUACUGCCCCCAGCAGCCAUUACUCAAGUCAUGCUCUUCGCAAAUCCACACAAGGAAAAGAUCCGGUUAAAAUUCAAGAUAACAUAUGUAGCUGGAGAGGAGUCACAUUCGGACGUUGGAGAGGUAGAUACGUUUCCAGUUGUGUGAGAGAAAGUACGUCAAUGUGGAGUGGACCACCACUACAGCUCGCAUAAUGUCAGAAUCGGUGUGACAUCCUAAACAAUCACUGCAAGCAACAGUUCUGGGAAAGGGAUGCUGUGAUCUGAAAGCAAAACUAGGGCAAACCAAACUUGACUUUCUCAUGGAUUCACUAAAAACUUUUAAGUGAGCAGCCGACUCCAUAUCAUUCGAUAUGGAAACUAGUAUUAUCAGUUAAAUGACGGCGACGUGACAAUUUGAUAAAGAAAUGGAUACAGGCUGGCACCAUGAUCAGCUGAUCUGGUAACCGAAAUGGACAUUUUCUUGGAUGAACUGAUUUAUGUUAUGACUGACCAAACUGAACAAAAUUAGACACCCAAGACCCAAAAGUGUUUGGAAUGUAUAUAUGCACUUUUUUGAAAAUGAACAGAAAUAAAAUUAAGUGCUUGCUCAGAAUAUUCAAAUUACCACUGAUAGCUAAAUGAAAGGUGGUUAAAGAUUUUCAUUGUUAUUAUUUUCUGUUGUUUUCUGUUCUUUAUAAUCUUUAUAAAAGUGCUAGUUGAUGAGAAAAUUUAUGACUGCUAAAUAAUAUGAUACAGUACUAAACAUUCAAUGAAAUCCUAUAUAAAUCAAUUUAUACUAUUUUUAUAGUGUAUUUAUAGGAUUAAUCUUGUAGUUUUUACACUAGAGCCAAUUUAUUCUGCACUAAUUAGAGACACACUGUUAAUUACUAUUUUCUCCAUUUUUAUUUUCCCCUUUAAAUGUCCCAUUACAAACUGUUGGGGACAAAUCCAUGUUGGCGUUUUCCUGUCGAUCCAUACAAGAUCAUGGAUAGACUUUGCUUGCAUUAUCUUAUAACUCUUUUCUUAGAAAGCCGACAUCUAGCUGUAUAUACCAAUAUAUCAAAUGUAGGUCACUGUGACUUGAAUUAUCUGCCGCACUGACUUAAACAUUUAGCUCCAUUUCUGACAAAGAGAGGAAACGGUAUACCAUUAUUUUGCAAAAUUUUCUAGUCAUCCUUGAACCAGUAAGUAUCGGUAAGGAAUUGAAUUUAUUUCAUUAUUUCGCGAAAGUCAAUUUCAACAUGCAGCAAAUUUGUAGCAAAUUUGUUUUGGGUUACCGAAGGGGGUCAAUAAAAUAGUUUUGCCAGAGUGUAAAAUUUAAAGCUUGUUUAUUUGUAAAAUCACCUCAUUUUGAAAUUUCAGAUCAAUGUGAUGUAGCUUUAGAAGCAGUUUCUUUAUUUUGAGCUCUGUGUGAUGAAAUGUUAUCGGCACUUAUAUUUUAAUAGUUGCUGAUCCCGGAGUCUGAACAUGUAGUUGUAGUUGGUCAUGUGAUAUAAGAGGUUUUGUUUUGCGUUUCCGGCAAAAGUUGUACAUAUAUUUAUGUAUGAGAACAAAUUAGAAGUUUGAUGAGAAAUUACUGAUGUAUUGUAAUAUUGUUUUACCCAUUAUUUAAGAUCAUCUAGGACAAGUGGGUUGGAAGAAUAAUGACCUGUUAUCGUAAUAAGUCGCAAGGCGAUGGACAGAUCGUCCUGUCUAAACAAAGGGGUAGUGUUAGUCGUGUAGGGAAUUUGAAGAGUGAAUGAAGAUUGAGAGAAGUGAGAUUUUUUUUCAAGUGCAAUAUAAUAUUGUGUUAAACAUUUAAUAAUAAUACUGAAGAUUAUCCUGGUAUUUAUUUUGUAAUAAUUACAAAACCAGAUUUAAACUUGUAUUAGACAAGUUUUGUUGGCCAAGAUGAAAAGAUGAAACAAGUAGUAGGUUAUAAUAUCGGAGGAGACCAGAGAAAACGUUUGAGUUGGAGAGAUGACCAAUGUAUCUGAAGUGGGUUUUGAACCCUGGUCGUCUUCGUGAAAAGAUAGUGCGCCUGCAACAAGCCACCCGACAAUGUAAAGUAAACAUUGUUGUGUUGAUUUAUAAAAAAAAUGUAGGUUAAGAUGAUGAGGUUUGUCCCUCUAUUUCUCUAGGGAAUUUAAAAAAAAUGUGGUUUUCAUAUUUAUCAGAUAUCAUUAUUACUAGUAUCUAGACAUAGUUACUCAAUUUUGAAGUUUAAAGUUUUGGAUUUCUUUCAGGAAAUGUUUCAUCACAUCACAUUUCCAAUAAAAUCAAGCCAUUUUGUAAAUGAAUCAUCUUUUACAAUAAUGAUUGUUCAACAAUACAGAAAUGAAUUUUGUUAGGGAAUUAUGAUUCUCAUACAAAUUGUGAUAAAUUUCAGUGAUGAAAAAAACAAAUUAUUGUUUUAAUCAGAAAUCUGGUUGUUUUGGAGAGAAAGCCAUGAUUUGAUAUGAGAAUAUAUGUGUAUGUUAUUUUGUGCUAUGAGAAACGUUUUCAUUAUCGAACACAAUAAAUAUGUACAUUAAA